AUGGGAACUUGCACCUCAAAGCCACCAAAGCCCAACCCUUAUGCAUCAAGGGAGCUCUACCCAGAUGACCAGGCUCACCCCUCACAGCCCCCGAAGUCCCCUCCCACUCCUCUCCAUGACAAACCCACCUCAAACAUUACCACCCCCAGGUCCCCCUUCUUCCCCUUCUACAGCCCCAGCCCCGCCCACUUCCUCAAGAAGUCUCCGGCCUCGGCGGCGGCGGCGGCGGGGUCUGCCAAUUCCACGCCGCGGAGGUUCUUCAAGCGCUCGUUCGCCCCGCCGUCGCCCGCGAAGCACAUAAAGGCGGUGCUCGCGCGGCGGCAGGGCAAGAAGGCGGCGAAGUCGAUACCGGAGGAAGAGGACGGGGUGGGGGAGGGGCAGGGGCGGGUGGAGCUGGACAAGAGGUUUGGGUUUUCCAAGGAGCUCACGAGCCGGCUGGAGGUUGGGGAUGAAGUGGGGAGAGGGCAUUUCGGGUACACCUGCUCUGCAAGGUUCAGGAAAGGGGAGUUGAAGGGACAGCAGGUUGCUGUUAAGGUCAUCCCCAAGGCUAAGAUGACAACAGCUAUUGCAGUUGAAGAUGUGCGGAGGGAGGUGAAGAUAUUACGAGCCUUGUCGGGACAUACUAAUCUAGUUCGAUUUUAUGAUGCAUUCGAAGACCCUGAUAAUGUCUACGUUGUUAUGGAGUUAUGUGAAGGAGGAGAACUCCUAGACAGAAUACUUUCUAGAGGUGGCAAAUAUUCCGAAGAUGAUGCAAAGGCUGUUGUGGUGCAGAUACUAAACGUGGUUGCAUUUUGUCAUCUCCAAGGAGUGGUUCAUAGAGAUCUUAAACCAGAGAACUUUCUUUAUACACUGAAGGAUGAGAAUUCCCAAUUGAAGGCAAUAGAUUUCGGCUUAUCAGAUUUCGUGAGGCCAGAUGAGAAGCUUAAUGACAUAGUUGGAAGUGCAUAUUAUGUUGCCCCUGAAGUUUUACAUAGAUCCUACAGUACAGAGGCUGAUGUCUGGAGUAUCGGCGUGAUAGCUUAUAUUCUAUUAUGCGGUAGUCGGCCAUUUUGGGCAAGGACAGAGUCUGGAAUAUUCCGUGCAGUCCUGAAAGCUGAGCCAAGUUUUGAUGAACCACCAUGGCCUUCUUUAUCUCCAGAGGCAAAGGACUUUGUCAAGCGUCUGUUGAACAAGGAUCCCAGGAGACGUAUGAGUGCUGCUCAGGCGUUAAGCCAUCCUUGGAUUCGGAAUUAUAAUGGUGUUAAAGUCCCUCUUGAUGUACAUAUAUUUAAACUCAUGAAGGCUUAUAUGCGGUCAUCGUCUUUGCGAAGAGCUGCAUUAAGGGCGUUAGCAAAGACAUUGACAGUAGAUGAACUUUUUUACCUGAGAGAACAGUUUACAAUGCUCGAACCAAAUAAAAGUGGCAGCAUAACUUUAGAAAAUAUGAAGCUGGCCCUGACGAAGAAUGCAACUGAUGCAAUGAAAGAGUCUCGCAUUCCUGAUUUCCUUGCAUCGCUAAGUGCACUUCAAUACAGAAGGAUGGAUUUCGAAGAGUUCUGUGCAGCUGCUUUGAGUGUCCAUCAGCUGGAGGCACUAGAUAAUUGGGAACAGCAUGCCCGUUCCGCGUAUGAACAUUUUGAGAAGGAUGGAAACAGGGCCAUUGUAAUUGAUGAACUUGCUUCGGAACUUGGUCUUUCACCUUCCGUCCCGGUUCACGCCGUCCUCCAUGAUUGGAUAAGACACACUGAUGGAAAGCUAAGCUUCCUUGGGUUCAUUAAGUUGUUGCACGGAAUGUCCAGCCGAACAGCCAUAAAGACGCAGUGAACUAGUAUACCGUCCUCAUAGCUAGAGUUUGAGAACUUUCACAGGCAUGGUUUUACCCUAGAAGGACAAGGUGCUGCACCCAAAACUCACAAGCAUCGAAUUGGUUUUCUGAGAAUUGAAGACCCCCACAACCUCAGUCGCCAUUCUUUUCGGUAUAGGUCAGGUGCAUACUCAUCAAGUUGCUGAAAAGCUAUCUAUCGUCUGAUUCAUUACAAUCCCCAGAAGCUAUAAUUGGCUUUGCAGUGUAAAUUUCUCCUUUGCUUUACUGAGGUUUGCCGAAAUGUCUUAUGCUCCGAUAGCGGCACAUGGGUGUCUUUUUGUCUUUCCCUCUUUUCUGUAGUUGAUGCGGUUUGUACCUGGGAAGUGACUACGGUACCUGCAUUUCUAAGUUAUAGACUCUCUCUCUCUCUCUCUCUCUCUCUCUCACUGAGCUGUCCUUUUGGGACGCUGCUACUAAUCUAAUUUGUGAAUGUAUGAAUCCAGUGAAAGUAUUUUUCGAAGAAAUUCGAAGAAAUUUGAA